AUGUCCAGGAAGGAGGCAGAGGCGAUGGUGCUCCACGUCCCCGGGUGGGCCAUCGCGGACGGGCAGGACGGCGUCCUGAUGAUCAGCAAACGGCUCCGUGCCAAGAACUUCGUCAAGGCGCUCGAGAUAUGCCAGAGGUACGGCGCCGUGGCGGAGGAGGAGGGGCACCACCCGGACCUGCACGUCACGGGGUGGAACAUGCUGCGCGUGGACAUUAGCACGCACGCCGCGGGGGGCCUCACGGAGAACGACUUCAUCCUCGCGGCCAAGUUCGACGAGGUGGACCUCGCGGACCUCCUGUCGAAGAAGCAGCCCGCCGGCCUGACGGACUGA